AUGAAGACGGUUUUGAUUCUUGGUGGUUCUUUCGGGGGCGUGGGUACGGCACACAAGCUUCUCAAACAGGCACCCAAAACAGGAGCGGUCAAGGUCAUUCUUGUAUCCAAAUCAACGCAUCUUUACUUCAAUCUUGCUACUCCUCGAGCCAUCAUCCCCGGGCAAUUCGCCGACGAAAAAUUCUUCCAGGAGCUUGCGCCAGGCUUCAAACAAUACGGCAACAAAUUUGAAUUGAUAAUUGGUACUGCGGAGAAAUUGGAUGUUGCAGCUAAGACCGUCGUUGUCUCGGGAGCUGAUGGAGAGAAAGUCAUCAGCUAUGAUGAUCUAAUCCUUGCCACUGGCUCAAGUACGAGAGGAGACGUACCAUGGAAGGCACGCGGAUCUUACGAAGCAACACGCGAUGCGCUACAUGACUUCCAAGCCAAGGUCAAGAAAGCUACGUCGAUUGUCGUUGGUGGUGCAGGUCCGACAGGAGUAGAGACGGCUGGAGAGCUGGGAUUUGAAUAUGGGAAAGUUAAGAAGAUCACACUGAUCGCGAGUGGUGCUCAAGUUCUCGAGGGUACACCACCAAACGUCUCCAAAACGGCGACAAAGCAACUCAAAGCCGUGAAUGUUACCAUUACACCCUCAACAAAAAUCCUAGGCUCCGCCACGACCCCUGAUGGCCGUACUGAACUUACCCUCUCGGACGGACAAAAGAUCACUACCGAUCUCUAUUUGCCAACUGCCGGCCUGAUCCCUAAUUCAUCUUAUGUGCCUCAGGAAUUCCUUAACCAGAACGGCUACGUCGUUGUCGACGAGUUUUUACAGGUCAAAGGCACGAAGAACGUAUGGGCUGUGGGGGAUAUCUCUGCCGUGCAAAGGGCACAAGCGAUGCUCACUGGGAAGCAAGCAGAGCACGUGGCCAAGAACAUUGGUCUGUCUCACCAAGGAAAGCCUCUGCUUCCCUACAAGAAGGACGAAAAGCUCAUUCUUAUGGUUCCUGUUGGCAGGAAAGCUGGAACUGGACACAUGGGCAAUAUGAAGUUUCCAAGUUUCUUGGUCAGUAUGACCAAAGGAAAGACUUACUUCACGCAAACUCUGGGCCCUCUGGUUGAUGGAUCUGCCUAG